AUGGCCAAGGCCGCUUACACCGCCGCCAACACCGCCGCCUACUACUUCACCACUUGGUUCGUUCCCCUAACAACCCUGGAAGGGUGUUUGUUCUCUUUACUGACGUUGACGGCCCUGUCCAGGUUCAUCUCGACCUCCAACGAGGCCAAGGUGCGGACCAUCUACAACAGCGUGGCCAACGUGCAGACCACCUCGCCCAAGAUCUCGUGCACCGACACCUACAGCGACUGCACCGACGGCUCCGCCCUGCUGUACACCGUCCCCUCGGCCAACGUCAUCGUGCCGUGCCCCAACAACGGCUUCUGGGACUUCCCCGAGCUCGCGCCGCAGUGCUCCGGCGACGACUACGACAGGGCCGGCAGCAUGCUGCACGAGAUGACGCACCUGUACGGCACGACCGACUGGGCCUACGGCCCGACGGCCGCCAAGGCGCUGUCGGCGACCAAGGCUGCCGCCAACGCGGACACGUACGAGAUGUACGCCGAGAGCGUCCGUCUUGGUGGCUGCACCACUGGCUAA